UCAGCACUACUUCUUCUUUGCCACAGAAGGCUUAGGCAGUAUCUGGUCUCCGAGAGGCAGAGAGAAACGCAGAGCAGCCGACGGAAAUCCAGUCUGGCAACGAUGACCGCAGCCACAGCUACAGUGCAGCAGCGGUACCGGGAGCAGGGCUUUGCCUCAGCGCUGCCCGUGCUGAGCGAGGCAGAGCUGAGGGAGGCCAGACAGGCCUUCGCUGAGCUGGAGAAGGAACGUGGUGAAGAAUACACCCAGUACGGCCUCCACAAUGUGCACCUUCAGUAUCCGUGGGUGAUGGGCCUGGCCAAUCACCCGCGUGUUCUACGGGCGGUCACGGCCGUCCUGGGCCCUGACGUCAUCCUGCUGGACUCGCGCUUCAUCUGUAAAUACCCGGCGCUCCAACCAGCGCACGUGCAGACAAGCGGAGGAGAGUCCAAACUGGGUGAAGGGAGCGGAGAGGACGGACUUCCGUACGUGGCCUGGCAUCAGGACCUGAGGUACUGGGGCGUCGCUGGCGGCCCGGUUCUGUCUGUGUGGCUUGCUUUAGAUGACUCCGUGAAGGAGAACGGGGCCCUUCAGGUCAUCCCAGGGAGCCACUGCUCCGGCGUGCUGCCUCAUCGCCAGGCCUCCCGCCCCGGAAACAUGCUGUCGGUGAACCAGGAGAUCCCGGAGGAGCUGGUGCGGGUGGAAGAAGCCGUGGUUUGCCCCCUGUUAGCAGGACAGAUGUCUAUUCAUGAUGGACUCCUUGUUCACGCCAGUGAUGCCAACAUGUCACAAAGGAGACGCUGCGGGUUCGUCGUCCGAUAUGUUCCCACCUGCGCCUUUCCCACAGAGGAUCCUGACCGUCCCAGGAAAUUUCAUGCCACCAUGUUGGUCAGUGGAACCGACAACUUCAACAAUUUCUCUAAACAAAGUCAAUGAGGACUUGCUUUUGUUCUUUACCUAAAAAUCAGUUUCUGAUAAAUAACACUGAAAACAAAACUCCAGAUUUCUGUGGCGUAAGCACUAAACUAUAGAGACCUAAAAUCUCUCUGCUGUUUAUAAAUGUCUGUUUUUUGUUUGUUGUCAGUUAGGGCAUUUAGGAGCUUCUGUUCUGUCACUUGACUUGACUUUCUCAGUAUUUAUUUUCUGACAUUUAUGAAAUCAAUAAAAGCUCUGUCAAUGCAAUUUAUUGUUAUAAAGUUGUGUUUGCAAAAACGUCCAAAUUUGUUUGU